UAGUUUAGUACUGAAAGAAAAGCACCAGUACUGAAUUCCAGGUAAUUUUGCAGAUAUUUUUGAUAUCUAAAAUUCAAUCCUGGCUAGCCCUGAAAGAACUGCAGAUACCUCAGAUGUGAUCGUUAAUAGUACAAACAUAAUUUUCACGAGUCACAGUUUGCAAUUUUGAGUAUCUGCCCACGCUGAACUUCACAUACAACCUUUCUGUUGUAAUUCCUCCCCUUCGUCCCUUCUCCAGCAGCUUCCCCACCCUCCUCCACCAUGAGCCUCCACUCGAGCGGUGUGGCAGAGGAGCUCUACAGCGACAGCGCCUCCCUGGUGUCUCUGGACUCCAGUGUUUUCUUCAGUGAGGUGACGGCAUCUUGCAUCAGAGACCCACUCCACUUCUUCACCAUCAACGUUGGGGGAAGUCGCUAUGUGCUGUCACAGGAGCUGCUGGCGUCCUACCCGGAGACCCGGUUGGGAAAACUCGCCUGCUGCAGCCGAGACUCAGCACUGGAGCUCUGCGACGAUGCAGACUUCGUGGAGAACGAGUUCUUCUUCGACCGAAACUCACAAACCUUCCAGUACGUGAUGAACUACUACCGGACCGGUCACCUGCACGUGAUGGAGGAGCUGUGUGAGAUCUCCUUCCUGCAGGAGAUUGAGUACUGGGGCAUCGACGAGCUUUGCAUCAAGCCCUGCUGCCGUGAGCGUUACUACCGCCGCAAGGAGCAGAAGGAGACCCUCGACGUACGGAGGGAGUUUGAGGCCGAGGACGAGGAUGAGGUCUUUGAUGGGGCCGUCUGCCCGGCUCUUCGCCGUCGCGUCUGGGGCUUGCUGGAGAAACCCGAGUCCUCACGUGCUGCUCGUGCCUUCGGCUCACUGUCAGUCUUCUUCGUGGUGCUGUCGGUCAUCAAUAUGGUGCUGAUCUCGCUGGACUUGGAGCAGGACUUGGGCGUGAGUGAUGUCGGUAUCGGAGCGCCGCAGCUGUUCGAUACCCUGGAAUACGUGUGCGUGGUGUGGUUCACAGGUGAGCUGGCGCUUCGGUUUCUCUGUGUGAGAGAUAAGUGCCGCUUCAGUCGAAGUAUUCCCAACGUGAUCGACCUGCUGGCCAUCCUGCCGUUCUACAUGACGCUGGCGGUGGAAAGCCUCCACGGAGGCAGCACGGAGCUGGAGAACAUGGGCCGGGUGGUGCAGGUCCUCCGGCUCCUGAGGACGCUCCGCAUGCUGAAGCUGGGACGGCACUCGACAGGUCUCAAGUCUCUGGGUAUGACCAUCGCUCAGUGCUACGAGGAGGUCGGCCUCCUGCUCCUCUUCCUCGGCGUCGGAAUCUCCAUCUUCGCCACGGUUGUCUUCACCCUGGAGCACGACCUUCCUGCCACCACCUUCACCAGUGUGCCGGCCGCUUGGUGGUGGGCGACCACCUCCAUGACCACGGUCGGCUACGGCGACAUUCGGCCCGACACAGCUGUGGGGAAGGUGCUGGCCUUCCUCUGCAUCCUGUCCGGGAUCUUGAUCCUGGCGCUCCCCAUCGCCAUCAUCAACGAGCGCUUCUCCGCCUGUUACUUCACCCUGAAGAUGAAGGAGGCGGCGAUGCGGCACGGCGAGAUGCUGAAGAGGCUGGCUCGCGGCUCUGUGGGCGGGGUGAGCGUGGGAGGAGGCGUGAACCUGAGGGACGCCUACACCCGCAGCGUCCUGGAGAUGUUGAGGCUGCAGGGGCGAGAGAGGGCGAGCACUCGGAGCAGCGGAGGAGAAGAACUGUGGUGGUAGAAACAAGAGACCUGGACCGGACCGGACCUCAUGGUUAAAGAGUCAGUAGCCAGAGGACUCGUGAGGCAGGUGCUGACACCUUGACUGCUGUCAGACCCCGUGUUCCUCAGCACAAACAGGAAGUGCCAGACUCUGUGCGGUUACAGCACCUGUAGGUUUCUUACCUGAGAGGACACAGACCUGCAGUUACCUGCAGACAGUUACCAUCUGAAACAGCUAAGGAUUAGUUGGUUAACUGAUCAGUCAGUUGAUGUAAAGUUACUCAGCACAUUUAUUAAAGUACUGCACUUCAGUAGAAUUUUGAGAUACUUGUACUUAACUAUUUUCAUUUUCACUUCAGAUACACUUCUUUCACUUUAUUUGAUAACUUCAGUUACUUUGCCAAUUUAGUUUAAUAAUUCAAAAUUAGGAUAUGAUGUCAUUAAGGUGAAACUUUAUUGAUCUACAAGGUGAAUGAUUUGUAGUUGCACGAGAUGCUGAGAAAUAAAGGCAGUCGAUGUGAA